AAGAGGAUGGAAAUCAGGAUUUGUCGAAGGAUUAUGAAGGAAAUGCUUCGUUAGAUCAAAGCAAAAAUGAAACUGCUGGGUCCGAAAAUCACGACAGUACAGUAGAUAACGAUGAAACAAAUGCAAGUAACGUUGGUCGUUUCGUGCGAAAUGCAAUUUCUGAUGACGAAAGUCAAGAAAGUGAGGAAGAAACAGAAACUCCAAACCAAUCUCGUCGUUCUGAAGAAGAAAGUGACGAUGAGGAAAAGACUCCAAACCAAUCUCGUCGUUCUCAAGCUGAAAGUGACGAAGAAUCCGACGACGAAACGCCUUCCCUGAACGAAACAGACGAAAGUAUGAUCGGUCGUCGUGCUCGAAGCACCAAAAAACGCCGUCCCAUUAUCGAAUCGGAUGACAGCGAGGAGGAAUUGGAAUACGAACGUCGUGCCUUAUCGCCCAGCACUCGUCGAAGCAUCGGAAUUUUCGUUGGUCACAGCAGCGACGAAGAAGAAAUCGAGGAAGAGGAAGAGCCUGAAGACGAAAAUGCUCCCGCUGAAGAUGAAAACGACGUCACCGCAGACGUCAAAGAAAAUUCAAUGGAUCAAAAUUCCAUCGCAGAGUUCGAAAAUUCAAUUCAACAAAAAGUCUCGUCAACAAUGGCUCCCGGAAUGAUGCCCAUGAACAACGAAGUCACCUUAAUUGAGGAUUCGGACAACGAAAAUGACGACUCUGACGUUCAAAUAAUCAAAAAAUCGAAUGAAAUCUUGGAAAUUGGCAGCAGCGACGAAGAAAAUAGUCCAACAAAGCCAACGUUACAACCGAAAAUCGCCAAUUUACUCGUGAAAAAGCCACAAAGCACCCCAAAACUCGAAAGUAGCAAGAAAAAAAUUAGUCGCAGUAUGUACGAGCACGAAUGUCGCGAGCUUGACGCGAUGAAACGCAAAAAGGAUGUUUUGCUGAACGUUUUGAUGACACGACACUCGUUGCCUGAUAACGGAAAGAAGAUCGAACUCACGUUGCAGGACUUGGAAAAGAAUAUUACGAAGCAGGAGAAUAAAUUACAAGGCUUGGAGGUCGACGAGAACCAAAGUUUGAAGAAUUCCCUGCGAAAUGACUCCGUUGAGGUAGUUGAGGACAAUCAAAAUAGCAACGACGUCACUGGAGAGCUUUAUUCGAUCGUUGAAGUACGAGAACCGGGUCCCGUUUCCGUGUUAAAGCCUCAAAAUGGAAUAAAUUGGAACGAAAUCGAGAACGCGAACAAACUUGUGCAACCCAAACACUUUGGCAAACAAGGCAUGAAGACUUUUGAGAACCAAAAAGCUCUCACGGAGAAACGUUUGAACAAUAUUCACGGCUCAUUGACGUCCCAACCGACGGAAGAUGUCUUGCAUCCAACGCCAGCUGCCUUAAACAUCGAACUGAUGGACCAUCAGAAACACGGAUUGGCUUGGAUGCUUUGGCGCGAGAAAAAUAAACCACGUGGCGGGAUUUUGGCUGAUGACAUGGGUCUCGGCAAGACUCUCAGCAUGAUUUCCCUAAUUAUGGAAAAGUUGGAAGAUGAAGAGAACGAACAGCAAGACGACGACGAUGACUCGGAUCUCGACGAAAGUCAUGGUUGGGUGGGAAAAGGACGUCGCUCGAACUACAAUGGCGGAACUUUAGUCGUUUGUCCCGCUUCGUUGCUCCAACAAUGGGAAUCGGAGAUUUCUAAUCGUGUUCGUCGCAAUACCGUAAGUUUGUACAUUCAUCAUGGCUCGAACCGUGAACCAAAAGCGAAAUACCUCGCACGAGAAAAUAUCGUGGUGACAACUUAUUCCAUUGUCUCGUCGGAAUACAAGUCCGAAGCUGCCCUGUUUGGCGUCAAAUGGAAUCGCAUCAUUUUGGAUGAAGCGCAUACGAUUCGGAAUCACAAGACCGUUGCUUCGAUGGCUUGUAGUGCGUUGCGUGGCAAAUACCGAUGGGCUUUGACCGGAACUCCCAUUUGCAAUAAAGAGAUGGAUAUUUAUGCGUUGCUUAGAUUUUUGCGAGUUACGCCAUUUGAUGACUUGCCAACCUAUAAACGUUGGUUGGAAGACAAAAAAGGCGGAGGCGGACCACGAAUUCAUGCGUUGAUGAAAACGAUGCUCUUGAGACGAACAAAAGAGAUGUUGCGAGCGAAGGAUGAGCUGAAGUUGCCCGAUAAGAUGGUUCAUGAGGUCGAAGUUACGUUGAAUCAGAACGAGAAGAAUGUUUAUUCGAAAGUUUUGGCGUAUUCGCGGACUUUGUUCACGGAAUAUUUGGCUCAACGUGGCGGCGGAGGAAAUGCUGAUCCGUAUGCCCAAAGCUCGAAUGCUAAUAAGUUUAGUCAGUUGCAUGAUAAAUUCGCAGCAGUACAUGGAACUGUUCAAGUUCAUCAGAUUUUGACGUUGCUACUGCGUUUGCGGCAGAUUUGCGAUCAUCCGGGAUUGAUUAAAGCUAUGCUCUCCAGUAGCGAAGAACUCGACAUCUCAUCCGGGCACGACGAAACCCAUUCCAGCUUGCACGAAGUCGACCUUAUCAAGCAACUCGAGCAACUUGAAAUCAACGACGAUGCCGAUGACGAAGCUGCCGUUCGUUUUUCCAACAAAUUAAUGAGCACCGCAAACCCCAUUUUCAAUCUCGACAGACCAAGUUCGAAAAUUUCAUCCGUCAUGACCUAUUUCAAGGAACACGUACAAGACACGGGAGACAAGGCAAUAUUUGUGUCGCAAUGGACAAACGUUUUGAAACUCUUCGAACCGCGUCUUGUGGCAGCUGGCGUGAAAUUUGUCUCGUUAACGGGAGAAGUACCAGUUAAAUCUCGCGGUUCGAUAAUUGAGCAAUUUAAUCGGACUGGAAGCAAUGCGCCGCAAGUGAUGUUGCUCUCGUUAACUGCUGGAGGCGUCGGAUUGAAUCUUUCUGUGGCAAAUCAUCUUUUUAUGAUCGAUUGUCAUUGGAAUCCGCAGCUGGAGAAUCAGGCACAAGACAGAGUUUAUCGUGUGGGACAGAAGAAGGAGGUGCAUUUGUACAAAUUUAUCACAAAAGACUCCAUUGAGGAGCGAAUUAAGGGGUUGCAGCAAAAGAAAUUGGAUUUGGCGAAUACAGUUCUCACGGGAGCGAAGAAUAUUGGGUCGAAAUUGACUAUUCAAGAUCUGCGAUCGCUCUUUGAAGUCUAAAUUUGUAAAUAUUUUGAGGUUUUUGUUACGUGAUCGGUGUUGAUGUCGCAGAAUAUUAAUAAUAAGUCCUUGAAAGUUGAAAUAAAUUUUAAUUUUUAA